ACCAAUGGAGGCAUAGCCAAGGGACAGGUAUCCAUUGAUUACCCACAGCUGGCUUUCCACCCUCAAACAUUUUUUGCUUUUGGCUCUCCGAUUGGAAUGUUCCUGACUGUUCGUGGGCUCAAACACAUUGAUCCCAACUACACCUUCCCAACCUGCAAGAGCUUUUACAACAUCUACCAUCCAUACGACCCUGUGGCCUAUCGGCUAGAGCCCAUGAUUGUAACAGAGGUUGAUCUGGAGCCCAUGCUGAUCCCUCAUCAUAAAGGCCGCAAGAGGAUGCACCUGGAACUAAAGGACAGCUUGACCCGUAUGAGCAUGGAUUUGAAGAACAAUGUUUUGGGAUCGUUACGGACGGCAUGGCAGUCCUUUUCCAGACUACCAGUUGCUGCACUGCCCCCGGUGGACCAAGGAGACACUACAAUAGAAAGAGACCUUCAAGAGACACAGGCAGGAGUGUGUGACGAGGCAGAGUCCUCAGUGUCAGCAGAGCAGACGGAGCAGCCUGAGAUUAAAGUGGGGAUGUUGAAUGGAGGACGAAGGAUCGACUACGUACUUCAGGAAAAACCUAUCGAGAGCUUCAACGAGUACCUGUUUGCCAUCCAGUCUCAUCUGUGCUACUGGGAAUCUGAGGAUACUGCUCUCCUGCUGCUGAAGGAGAUCUACGACAAGCUAGGUGUGGCCAUUGAACAGUCACACCAGUAAUACAGUUUUAUAAAAGUUGACUUGCUUUGUAGCAAUGACAGUAGCCUGAAAGUGACAAAAGGAAGGACAGCUGUCAGAGCCAGCACAAGCGUCUUCCAAGAUGCCUUACCGUCUGGGUGCCCCGGCCUCCCCUCCCUCGACGCUGAAGACCGGUUGGUUGCAGUCGGGUGAUCUCGGCUCAGAUGUGACAGUCGGCCUUCAUUUGAGGGAGCGGUGGCUUCUUAGUGGUGCCUAAACUCCCAGUGCAGGACUGGGUUUGGUGUCUGAUAGUUGUUUCAAAUCCACCCAAACAUCCCUGUCAUGCUCCUGGAUGCAUUUCUCUGUCUUUUGUGAGUCAUUCUUUAUUUGACUUUUGCUUUGCACUUUCACUUAACCAACAGGUGUUGACAUAUUAUACCUCAAGCUGAAGUUGAAUAAUAUGGAAAAAAUAAUUAUCAUGAUAAACAGUAGACACACACAGUGCUUGUUCAAAUAUGAACAAGUAUAAAAUCUACCACAUUGGUUUAAAAACUGGCCGUCAAAGCUGGUAUUUCUAUGCACAAUAAGAAUAUAUUUAAAAAUCCAAGAAUAUAAUUCAAAUUGAUUGUAAUCUAUUUUAUUUAAUUCCCAGCCCGAUGUGAUCGGACAUGUAGCUUUAUAAUUAUAAUAAACUAUAACCUUUGUCUGACCCUAUAAACCUAAAGCUGUCUUGACCAACGAAGUGCUCCGUUAGCCAAAUAUGAGACCUUUAUAAAUACGCAGGUCCAGUGGUUUCAUUUGGUCAACUAAAAUGUUUAGGUUCUGAAGGAAAAUCAAGGUUGAUAUUCUGUCCCCUGGCAGCCAUAUUUGUUUUUCUGUCAACACUAAGGCCACUUUAAACCCAGGGUUGCUACUCCUACAUGUGUGCAAUAUAACGAUAAUGUUCUUUUUCAUUCUAUUUCUAUAACUUUUGUAUAAUAUAAGGGCCAAACGGUACAUGUUUGUCUCUGUAGCAAGGUGAUGUACAGUCAUUUUCUGUAACGCAGGCACUUCUUUGCUUUGUUAGAGCAUGGUUUCUCAACAUGUUCUGGUCCUGACCCAAUGGUUAGGUGCCACAAUGUUCAUAAUUCUCAUGAACCCAGCAAUAAGAGAGCUUGAAAUCCUCUGCUUUUGAUAUAACGAGCAUGAUGCAUAGACUACAUAGAAAUUAUGUUUCAAAGCAUGUCAAUUUAUUUGACAAAAAUCAACAUAUCAAUGGACUAAAUACCACAAAUCUGCAACAUGGGGUCCAGACUACAAAGUUGAGAAUCUCUGUUUAACUUUACAAAUAUCUCGUAUGUUCCUCUCUGUCAGGGCCCCACCACUAGAGCCCUGACCCACUGGUUGUAUCAUCCACACAAUACAUGAAUAAUAGGCUUGUUCAUUUGUCUUCCUUUAGAAAUGCACUAAAUACUAAAUUAUCAUGUUGCCCUUUCCUUGGACUUCACCUCUGUCUGUGUGUCAGUUAAACGGAUCUUGAUGGUCCCUGGCUCCUCUUCCCAUAACUUCUGUUAUUGCACUUGAUACGAAAAAGUUGAUACAUACCAAAAAAACAAUUGUCUCCUUUCUAAAUACAUACCUUAUGAAAAUGGUAACAUGUUGUGCGUGCCAUAAUAAAAACAUUACAAUUGUCUUCUUGUGUUCUUUGAAUUUAUUGUAAACAUGUUUUUUCUGAAGUUGAAAGCACAAUAAAUUGAUCUGCAGCCUUUUUAGGGUUUGUAUUAUGUUGACUAUAGGACAUAACAGCCAGAAAAUACGACAUAAUUACCGCAUAUUGAGCAUCCGAAUCAAACUGGAUAAUUUACAAAGUAAUAGUAAGUCAUAAUCAAACAGGGAGGGG